UUUAGCUCAUUUUGUUAGUAGGAUUAAUUUUUAGAAAUCUAAAACCUUCAUGUUAAUCCCAGAUAAUAGUACAGUUUGGUACCCUAAUCAGAUUACAGUGUAUGUCAGUGAGAUUUGAUUUUAAACGAUGUGAAGCAUGUUACUCAAACUAUCACCCCUUCAUCUUAUGAAACGAUGGCCUGGAAGAAUGUCAGACAGGAUUCAGAAUGUCUCAACAGCUCCAGACUUCCCUGCUUCAGGUCAUCUUUAAAAGCAUGGCUUUGUUUAUUCAAAUACUGAUUUUUUUUUUCAGCAAUUUAGCACAUCUUAGGUUUAAAAUGCUGUGGGCUUUAUCACAACAAUGGAUGUGCAGAUAUAAUAAAGAAACUGAUAUGUAAAAUUACCUUGUGCACAUAUACCACGUAAUUAUCGUCUGCUAUAACUCAUUAUCCAGUUUGUGUUUUCAAUUAGAAAAACCCUACCCUACCUAGCCCUUCCUACUAAUUUGAUUCAUGAGCUUCCCUUUUGCAUCUCUCUUGUUCCCCAUACCUUUUCUGUGAUUGGUCAUAGCAGGGCUCAUGCCUAUUUUAUCUCUGAUUAAUCUGAUUAAGUAAGAACCUAGGAUUGUGAUGUCAGUGCAUUAGCAGAAAGAAGUAAUGCUUCAUGUAGGAAGGAUGGCAGUUUUGACCUUUCAGAAGCAGGUCAUGAUUUGACUCCAAGAUGAAAAUAGAGCAAGAUAAACUGCAGUGACAGUACCAACUCAUUCUCCAGUACCAUAGUUCAAAGAAAGAUUAUGGCUUGUGGACUGCAGAUAAAAGAUGAAGAAAGUGGCUAUAACAAAAAUCUAUUUUGCAUUCCUAAGCAUUAUGAAGAAGAUUUAGAAAGAGUCUUCAUUCCUCAUGGACUCAUCCUGGACAGAACAGAACGCUUGGCUAGAGAUAUAAUGCAAGAUAUGGGAAGCCACCAUAUUGUUGCACUCUGUGUCCUUAAAGGAGGCUAUAAAUUCUUUGCUGAUUUGCUGGACCAUAUAAAAGCACUAAAUCAAAAUGGUGAUAAAUCUGUGCCUAUUACUGUGGAUUUUGUUAGAAUAAAAAGCUACUGUAAUGAUUCACCUACAGAAAAAAUCAGUAUUGUAGGCGAGGAACUGUGUACACUAAAUGGGAAGAAUGUUUUAGUAGUAGAGGACAUUAUUGAGACUGGUAGAACAAUGAAAGCCCUACUUUCAAAACUAAAAGACAAUGAACCAAAGAUGGUAAAAGUUGUAAGCCUGCUCAUUAAAAGGACACACAGAAAUCCAGGUUACAGACCAGACUACAUAGGCUUUGAAAUUCCAGAUAAAUUUGUGGUUGGAUAUGCACUUGAUUACAAUGAAUACUUCAGAGAUCUAAACCACAUCUGCAUUCUGAAAGAGAAAGCCAAAGAGAAGUAUAAGAUCUGAUAACACCAGUCUUCUGGAACACUAAAAUGUCUGAAUAAUAAGUAAUCUACUAAUUGCACUCUUUUCA